AUGAAACGCAAGGCGCACGUUCACACGGUCUUCGGCGCGGCGCUGAUCUCCACCACGCUAAUGUAUGUGGUCAUGGCCCUGUCCUGUGCCCUCUAUUUUGGGGCCAAGGCCAAUGCCAGUAUUAACUUAAACUGGGCCAGUUUCCGGUACGGUUACUCGCCCGCAGAAGCGCUGCCCCUGUGGGGGUCACUGCUGAAUAUGGCAGUGAUCAUCUUUCCUGCGCUGGAUACGUUCAGUGUGUACCCGUUGAUUGCUAUCACGCUGGGAAGCAGUCUGGAAUAUAUCGUGAAGAAGAUGUCACUGGCGGCAGGUA